AUGGAUAUAGUAAAUGAUUUAGUAUCAUCAAUAUCAUCAAUAUCAUCAGAAGCAGCAGAAGAAGAAGCAAUAAGAGAUGAAUUAAGAAAUGAUAAAGGUGGUUUAAUAGCAGGUAUUUUCGUAUUAACACUAACAGCAUCAUUUGUGCCAUGGUUUUUAACAAAAGCAAAGAUUACAAAUUUAGUUUCAGUUGUUUCAAUUUUAACAUGUUUAUCAGCAGGUGUUAUCAUUGGUGCUGGUUUUAAUCAUAUCUUACCAGAUGCAGCGGAAGAAUUUCAAUCAUAUGUAGAGGCAGUGGCACCAGAUAAUAAAUAUGGUGAUUUCCCAUUCGCUCAUACAAUUACAAUUGUAACAAUGUUUGCAUUAAUUUGUGUUGAUAAAAUUUUAGUUAGUGGUGGUCUAGAUGGUGAAGCCGACCACAAUCACAUGGACUUAAGUCAACAUAACCAUCCAAGUCCACAUGCUGCUGGUGAAAUUGAUUUAAAUAUUUAUACAAAUGGUGACGACGACGACGAUGAUGUAAAUGAAGAUCAAGAAGAGGAUAGCACAAAAGAUGAUGAAAAAGAACAUGGUCAUGGUCAUGGUCAUGGACAUGGUCAUAAUAGUAGUAAUAGUAGUAGUAAUGGUCAUGGACAUGGUUUAAAAAAAAAGAAAAAAUCAAAAAAAGAGCAUGGUCAUGGUCAUAAUCAUGAUCAUAGUUCAAAUGGACAUAGUCAUAAGGAUGAGAAGGAUAGUGAGAAAGUAAAUGUUUCAAGUAAAAGUAAAGCAUGGGUAUUCUUAGUUGCCCUAUCACUUCAUUCAAUAUUUGAUGGAUUAGGAUUAGGAUCAGAGACACAAAAAGAUAGUUUCUAUGGUUUAUUAAUCGCAGUUUUAGCACACAAAUUUUUGGAUGGAUUGGUAUUAGGUAUUGCAAUUAAAUAUGCUUAUUUCUCUUUCAAAUUCAGUUGUAUUGCAUUGGUAUUCGCAGCAGCUAUGACACCAUUAGGUAUUGGUAUUGGUAUGGCUAUAUCAAGUGCCUAUGAAUCAAGUACUGAUGCCUAUUUAGUUAAAGGUAUCAUUCUAUCAAUUACAUGUGGUUCUUUUAUUUAUAUCUCUCUCAUUGAAUUAUUACCAUCUGGACUUUGUCAAAAAGGUUGGCCAAAAUUAAAAUUGGCCGUUGCUUUCCUUGGUUAUUCCGUUAUGGCAAUUCUAGCUCUUUGGGUUUAA